AAUUAGGCUAAUUAUUAGACUACCUUAGAAUAAUGACACUAUUCUAACCCACCAACACUUACCUCUAACAACCUGCUGAGAUAUUAACAAUUGUGAAUUGACAUUGACGUAUGACAGCAAAUUUAACAACAUUUCUUUUUGAAACGACGGGUGUUCGCCGAGAUUGUUUACAAUGGCAAAACCUAAAGGAGAGAGAAAAGGCAAAUCUGCCAUAAAUGAAGUUGUAACAAGAGAGUACACUGUAAACUUACACAAAAGACUUCAUGGAGUUGGUUUCAAAAGGCGUGCCCCUCGCGCUAUUAAGGAAGUCCGUAAAUUUGCGGAAAAACAAAUGGGCACACCUGAUGUAAGAGUGGAUACUAGGUUGAACAAAUACUUGUGGUCCAAAGGUGUCAGAAAUGUACCAUUCCGAGUUCGAGUCAGGCUUUCCCGCAGACGCAAUGAUGAUGAAGAUUCAGCACACAAACUGUUCACACUGGUAACAUAUGUUCCAGUUGCAUCAAUCAAGGGCUUACAAACAGAAAAUGUUGAUGCCAGUCAAGAAUAAACAUAAUAGUUAAGAAAUAA